GGGGCGGCGUGGGGGCAGCUGCGCUACUCGGUUCCCGAGGAGAUGCCGAAGGGCUCGUUCGUGGGCGACGUGGCCAAGGACCUGGCGCUGGAGCUGCCGGCGCUCCGCCACCGCGGCGUCCACGUUUUUGACACAGGUAGGACGCAGUACUUUUUUUUGGACUUGCAGAACGGCCACUUAUCUAUCAAGGAGCGGGUGGACAGAGAGGAGAUAUGCGCUGCUGUUCCUAAAUGCGUUCUAAAUUUUGAGAUUCUUGUAAAAAAUCCCAUGAAUCUUUACAGAGGGGAGGUAGAAAUACUGGAUAUUAACGAUAAUUCGCCGAACUUCCCGGUAAGGAACAGCGUCUUAGAGAUCAGCGAGCAUACUGCACCAGGCACACGUUUCCCGUUGGAGACAGCUCAAGAUCCCGACACAGGAGUAAACUCUUUACAGAAUUACGAGUGUAGCGAGAGCAGCUAUUUCUCCUUGGACGUGAAAAACGGAGGUGACGGUAUCACACAUCCGGAAUUAAUAUUGGUGAAAUCUUUGGACCGAGAACAGCAGGCUGCUCAUUAUUUGAUCCUGACAGCCACGGACAGUGGCAAUCCUGUAAGAUCGGGGUCGACAACAAUCCAAAUCGUUGUCUUAGAUGGAAAUGACAAUGCUCCGGAAUUUACGCAACCCGUUUAUAAGGUGACCGUGAGAGAAGACGUGGCCGUGGGAAGUCGGGUGUUGCAGGUGAGAGCGACUGACAGAGACGAGGGACCAAACGCCGAGGUGAGGUACUCGUUCUUUAAAAUCCCGGAGAAGUUCGCUAAGACUUUUAAACUGGAUCCGGAAAGUGGAGAAAUUGAGAUAACAGAGAAGCUGAAUUUCGAGGAACAGGAGUUGUACGAAUUGGAUGUUCAAGCCCGGGACGCAGGCGGACUCUUGUCCCACAGCAAGGUUCUCAUCAAGGUCUCUGACAUAAACAACCACGUCCCGGAGAUUGUCAUUAUGUCUGUGUUCAGUCCGGUCCCAGAAGAUACACCGCUGGGGACAGUCAUCGCAAUUUUCAACGUCGAAGAUAAGGACUCGGGGGCGAACGGGGAGGUGCGGUGCAGCAUCGGGGAGCGCCUGCCGUUCCGUCUGGAAAGCUCGUUUGAUAAUUACUACCGGGUGGUGACCGCCGAGGAGCUGGACCGGGAGGAGGUGUCGGAGUACAACGUGACGGUGCGGGCGGCGGACGGCGGGGGGGCCAAAGCAGAGAAUGGGGGGCCGACCGGCAACGCAGGGAAAAGGGCGGGGGCCCGGGGGCGGGGCCGGGGGGCCCUGCCGGCACGCAAGCUGCGGGUAGUCUCUGGAGACGAAAAGCAAUACUUCACGCUCGGGGAAGAUAAUACAAAUCUGCGGGUGAAGGAGAGGAUAGACCGAGAGGGCAUCUGCGGGGCCGUGUCGCCCUGUGUCCUCAGUUUGGAGGCAGUCGUGGAAAACCCUUUCAAUAUAUUUCAUGUAAGCGUUACUAUUCAGGAUAUCAAUGACAAUGCGCCAAAGUUUGACAGAGAACUUGUUGCCAUAGAAAUGAUCGAGUCCACGCCUCCUGGGGCCAGGUUCCCACUGGGAAGUGGCAGAGACCCCGACAUUGGGGCGAACUCAUUACAAAACUACCAGCUUACCCCCAACCCGUUCUUCUCCCUUGUAGUGAGGGAGAGUCCUGAUGGGACAAAACAGCCGGAGUUAGUGCUGGAGAAAGGCUUAGAUCGAGAAAACCAGAGACAUCACCAUUUGAUACUGACGGCUGUGGAUGGCGGGGACCCAGUGAGAUCCGGGACAGCCCAGAUUAAGAUUAACGUGACGGACGCAAAUGACAACCCGCCGGUAUUCGUCAAAGAGAUCUACAAGGUUCGACUGCUGGAAAACCUCCCCGAGGGCUCCUUAGCUUUCCAGGUGAAGGCUACUGACGGCGACGAAGGUACAAACGCAGAAAUUACUUACUCGUUCAGUGACAUGGCAAACAGUGCUCGGCAGCUAUUCACGCUGGACUCCAGGACAGGGGACGUGACGGUUACAGGCCCCUUAGAUUAUGAAGAAGGGAAAUAUUACGAAGCGAGUGUUGAAGGCAAGGACGGGGGCGGGCUGAGUGCGCACGCCAAAGUGCACAUAGAGAUCCUAGACGUGAACGACAACGCGCCAGCCCUUUCGCUCCUGCCCAUCUUGAAUCCAAUACCCGAAGACUCGGUCCCGAGUACAGUGGUAGCUGUGAUCAAUGUCCGUGACAGAGACUCGGGAGAUAACGGGGAAGUGAACUGCAACAUCGAUGGCGAUUUGCCCUUCAGACUAGAACCGUCUUCAGAGAAGGCCUAUAAACUAAUAAUAGCCACUGCCUUGGACAGAGAAAACGUCUCCGC